GGCUACCAGCGAGUCGAGCCCCCAGCUCUAUCCCGCAGCAGCGAUGCCCGCCACCAUGCCGCUGACCAUCUCCCCACCGCGCCUCCUCCACCGCCACCACGGCCGAGCCACGCUCCAGCAGCAGCGCCCCACCGCCCGCCUCGCGCUCCUCCCGCGCCGCGCCGCUCGGCUCCGCUGCGCCCCCGACGAGGUCGCGGCCACAGCCGCCGAGCCGGAGCAGCAGGGGGAGGAGGAGGAGUUCGUGCUCCUCGCCUCCAACCGCAGCGACUUCAACGAGGUCAUCAUGGUCAUCGACUCGCCCUCCAACCGCUACCUCGUCCUCGACCCCAGCCGGAAUGUCCACAGCAUUCUCCCCAAGAAGAACGCAUGGACCAAUUCCUACUGGGAUGAGUUUGUCAGCCUACCUCCCGUUGUUCCACGUGGUCCUGUUGCACUUCUAGGUUUGGGUGCUGGGACAGCAGCACAUAUGAUGCUAGAAGUUUGGCCCUGGAUACAACUUAUCGGAUGGGAGAUUGAUCCGACGAUAAUUGAAUUGUCGAGGGAUUAUUUUGGUAUGUCCAAUUUAGAGAAGACCACGGAAUUAGGUGGUUCACUUUCGGUGCGUAUAGGCGAUGCACUUUCCCCAUCAGCUACAGUUGAAGGAGGAUUUGCUGGCAUUGUUGUUGAUUUAUUUGCUGAUGGAAAAGUCUUACCUCAGCUACAAGAAGCUGAAACUUGGUUAGAGAUUGCGAAGAAGCUCAUGCCAGAUGGUCGAAUCAUGGUCAACUGCGGUGGAGCAGAUACCCCUGUAUCUCUUGCUGCUGACACGGGUGUUUCGUCUUGGGUCCAGAAUCCUACAAUCAAGGCUCUGUGCGCUGCAUUCCCUGGGCAGCUAAACUGGAAGAGGCUUUCAGAGAAGGAGAGUGUAAACUACGUCGCGUUGACGGGUCCCCUUCCAGACCUGGAGGAGUGGUCAACCUCGGUUCCUAGCGAGCUAAGCCCAAGAGUGAAACAAUGGGUGCCUUGCGAGCUUGCGUGAGGAUGUGCGUUUUCUUCUGGUUGCACCUUUACUUGCUUCUACAACUUUGUCUGUCUCCCUCCAUGGUCCUUUUAAGGUGUACAUAAGGCCAUCUGUCUGCAUCUGAAGAAGUACCAUAUCAUAUCAGCACUCACAUGUCCAAGGAAGGAAUUGCAAUGUGGAAGGUAGUCUAUCUGGCUCCCAAAGCUUGAAGAACAGCAGAGCGAAGACCUGUCCGUUUAAUGGAGUUGAUGCGUGUAAUCCUGAAACCGAGCCGAGGGAAGAACGCAUCGCGCUACAGUUUUUGGCAUGUCCUGCUGACCUGCUGUUGAUUAUCAUUCAUCAUUCCAUGCCUUCAUGGUGUCAAAGUGUCAAGUUCAGACGGUGAUUAGUAAGCGCGCGUUACAUCCCUUUGUUUUUUUUAGGUAACAACCUGUUAUUUUCUUGUUGUUUACACGACCGAUUCAUGCCGUGUAAUGUUGUUGUUCAGCAUCAGGUUCUUAGUUCUUACUCAGCUACAUAAUUGUUAUACUCGCGGUGGCGCUGCGUAAGUUGGCCAUGAAGCAUUACCUCGGCAACGACGUGUGAGCUGUUUCGGUAGUCCUUUCAGUUGUGUUUGA